AUGAGAUUAUAUGCUACUUUGGAUAGUGAUUUCAAUUACCACCCCAAGUGUGGAGCCAUUAAGUUGACACACUUGGCUUUUGCCGAUGACUUGAUGCUUUUUGCUAUGGGUGAUAUUAUGUCGGUUCAAAUUAUCAUGAAUUGCCUUCAAAGGUUUGGUCUCUCUUCGGGUUUGAGUAUUAAUUUUCUGAAAUCCAGCAUCUAUACUGCUGGAAUUUAUGGAUAUGAGCUACAAAGAAUCAUGGAAAUUUCAGAUUUUCCGAAGGGUUCUAUGCCUUUUCGUUAUUUGGGUAUCCCUCUUGCCGCGGUGAAGCUUAAAGUGAGCUCUUACGCUCCUUUCUUGGAUAAAAUUGCGGGUUAUAUUGGUGGUUGGAAUUGCUCCCCCCCUUUCUUAUGCCGAAUUGUUAGCCUUUGUCGUACCUUUCUUUGGGAAAAUAAAAAGCCACUUGUUGCAUGGAAGGAUAUUUGCCUACCGAAGGAAGAAGGGGGUCUUGGAUUGAAAGACCUAUGGAACAUUCAUACAAAUAAGGAGACCCUUUGGAUUAGGUGGAUUCACCAUGUUUACCUUAAGGGGAAUAGCAUUUGGGAUGUCCCGAAGAGGAAAGACCACUCGCCUUUGUUCAAAAUACUGCUGGAUAUUCGGGAUUUUCUGGUUCUUAGAGGGGGAGCCGGGCAGAAUUCUUAUUCUGUGGAGAUGAACGGUCAUGGGGAUUUAAAUCUGGAUAAUUCCUCAACUCCGAGGGCCCAAUCAAAACUCCUAACCAAAGACAAAUUGCUCUACUUGGACAUCGAUCGCAAACGUAUCUUUUGUGGAUGUUUUGAAGAGACUUGUGAGCAUCUUUUCUUCAAAUGCUCUUUCACAUCUUCAUUAUGGGGGAGUAUUAGAAGAUGGCUUGGCAUCACAAGAUCAAUGACGACACUUGCUAUGACUCUUAAAUGGUUAAAAAAGGAGGCUCGGGGGACUUCGUGGCUGAGCAAGGCGAAGAGAGUUGCUCUUGCUACCACAGUGUACUAUAUUUGGCUGACGAGAAAUAGGAAAUUAUUUGAAGACCUCUCAUAUGACUUGGAUUCCAUUGUGAGAAGGAUCAAGACUCACGUAUACAAAGUCAUGCUUACUUUGUAUCCGGAUGUCUUGACUCUUUAUGAAUCCUUCGCCAUGGAGCUUUGA